AUGUUUGUUCCAGCUGAUGAAACUGUGGGGGACCUGCCGGUGAGAGAUGUAGGUCUAACUCUAGCUGGAAUUGGAGGAUUACAAGAAUCAUCAACUACACGGAAUAUAAAAGCUCGACAAGCUGUAUCACGAAUCAGUCGAGAGGAACUGGAAGACAGAUUUCUUCGUUUACGUGAUGAGAACAUCUUACUCAAACAGCAUGCAAAUAAGCAAGAGGAGAAAAUUAAAAGAAUGGCCACCAAGUUAAUACGGCUUGUUAAUGAUAAAAAAAGGUCUGAACAGGUUGGUGGCGGCCCCAAGCGGCUGGGUCAGGCUGUGGAGCUGGAAGAAAUGAUUGAGCAUUUGCAAGAGAGAGCUCGUGAGCUUGAGAAACAAAACGAGAGCCUCCGCAGCAAACUGAUUUCAACUAAACAGCAGCUCCAGAUUCAAGGCCAUAGGCCUUGUCCGUACAGCUAUGUUCAAUCUCGUAUUAACACUGGUCUCAAAAAAGUGACUGAGGCUGCUGGCAUGCCGGAGCACACAAAGAACGGAAUGAGAUUUCAGGAUUUAGAAGUGAGAUCACCUAACCUUGUGCUGUCAAGAUCUGGACAGAGUCUGCUUGAGGAUCCAAGGGCUGAAAUAAGAAAUUUGGAGACUGUGAUUGAGUCCCAAAGGGGACACAUUGAGGAACUAGAACAUGCCAGAGAGAUGCUUCUGAGUCAGCUAAGAAGGAAAGAAAAGGAAAUUGAAGAAUCCGUCCUACGGCUGAAAGAGCAAGAAGCAACAAGCCAAAGGCUAAACAUUCGGGAUAACGUGGAAAUGAUCAAGGCCCGUAAACAGCUGGUUGAGAAAAGCAAUGCUCUUUCAGCAAUGGAAGGAAAAUUUCUCCAGCUUCAAGAGAACCAAAGGAACUUGAAGACUAGCCAUGAUGCUUUAAUAGCAAAAGGUGAUGAAUUGAAUCUACAGCUUAAAGAGGAGCGGUCAAAGUGCCUCCAUCUUGAAAAAGAAUUGCAAUCAGUAACUAUUUCAAACCGAAGGGCAGAGGAGUUAGAAGAAAGAAUAAAUGAUCUUGAAAAAGAGAAGGAACUCUUGAGGGAAAACUAUGAUAAGCUGUAUAACAGUGUCUUCAGUAUGACCCAUGAACAGCAAUGGAAAUUAAAGGAACAGCAACUGAAACUGCAAAUUGCUGAACUAGAGACUGCUAUCGAAUCUGAUUUAGCAGACAAAAAUGAAAUCCUUGACAAGAUCAAAGUAGAAAGAGACCAGAAGGAAAAGCUGAUGCAAGAGAAUAAAGACCUGCAGUUAUGCUACCUGGAACAUAAGCAACAACUAGAUGAACUGAAAAAUCACAUGAAGUUUUUGACCAAGGAAAGUGAUAUUGAUGUGGCAGAACUCAGUGAAGCCCUCUCACUUAUAAAGGUUCGAAAGCAGCAGAAGAACGAGGACCUUAUGUUUUUGGAAAAAGUAGAAGAUGAUAUCCAUAAAGAUUUAGAACGCUCCAUGCAAGAACUGCAAUUAACACAUGCGGAAACAGUACAAGAACUUGAAAAGACAAGGAAUAUGUUAAUUGUGCAGCACAAAAUUAACAAAGGUUACCAGACUGAAGUAGAAGCAGUGACACGAAAGAUGGAAAGUCUACAAAAAGACUAUGAGUUGAAACUGGAACAGUAUGUCCAUCUUCUUGAUAUUAGAGCUGCACGCAUCAGAAAACUAGAAGCCCAACUAAGCGAUAUUGUCUAUGGUACAAAACCACAUAAAUCCAGACCAGAAAUAUUGCCAGGUGAUCCAGUGGAUGAAUUUGAUGAAAUUUUACAUUUAGGAAGAGGAGAGAACCUUUUUGAAAUUCAUAUCAGCAAAGUGAUCUUCUCUUCUGGAGCUAUGCAUGCUUUUGGUGACCAUGAACCUGCAACUUUUUGUACUUACGCAUUCUAUGACUUUGAACUUCAGAUAACCCCAGUAGUUUAUGGGCGUACCCCAUCGUAUGACUUCACUUCUCAGUAUCUUGUGCAGGCUGAUGACUGCUUCUUGCACUAUAUACAGCAAAACAGUAUCACACUUGAGGUUCAUCACGCAUAUGGCACAGAUUAUGAAACAGUUGCUGCGUGUCAACUGAAGUUCCACGAAAUCUUGGAAAAGAAUGGGAAGAUCUACAGCACAGCAAAUUUAGUUGGAAUCAAAGAAAACAUUGAAAAUUAUGGUACCAUAGAAUACUGGAUCAGGUUAAGAGUUCCUAUGGAUCAAGCUAUUAGUCUCUACAGAGAGAGAUCAAAGGCUCUGGGGUAUAUAACAUCCAAUUUUAGGGAACGUGAACAUCUUUCUCAUUUAAAGCAGCAGAUACUCAGAACUGCCCAAGUCAGCACUUCAACAGAUGGCAAUUUAAAUGAACUCCACAUUACAAUAAAAUGUUGUAACAAUCUACAGUCCCGAAAAAAACAUCUUCAGCCAAAUCCUUAUGUUGUCUACAAGUUCUUUGAUUUUGCAGACCAUGAUACUCCCAUCAUUCCUAGCAGCAACAACCCACAAAUAGAUGACCAUAUGUGUUUCCAAGUGCCAAUGAAUGCAGAUUUAGACCGAUACCUAAAAUCAGAAUUCGUAACCUUUUAUGUAUUUGAUGAUGGUGAAACGGAAGAAGGUGCUUAUGUAGGGAAAGCCACUGUGCCUCUUAUUUCUUUAGCCCAUGACAGAUGUAUCUCAGGUACUUUUGAACUAACAGAUUCUGAAAGACGUGCUACUGGUACCAUCACAGUUGAAUUAAAAUGGAAGUUUGUCUACCUACCACCAAGUGGAUCAACAAUGGCUGCAGACUUAGUGAAUUAUAUUCAAAAUGAGAAAUCAAUGGCAACUAAAUUACUAGCAGAGGAAAAAAUGCAGACUCCAGCCCUGCCUCCUUCUUUUAUUUCAUCAAAACCAACGCCCAAACCAAGGCAGCGUGCAGCUCAAGCAGACAAGAAAGUAUCUUUUCCAGAUCUUGUUCCAAGUGUUUCCGAGGUUAAACAAGAAAGGCUAGCAGAUGAUAAGGUGAAGGAGAUGGCUGAAGAAAUUCAACAGGAAAAAGAAGACCUCUCACAUCUGUCAGAGAGGCAGUUGGCUGACCAAAGCUCAGUUACCUCUGGAGAUGAGACAGAAAUAACUGAAGAAUUGGAACCAGAAGAAAAUGAUGCCAUUGAAUCAAUAAUAACUGACAGCGAUGACUGUAUUGUUUCAAGUCCAGUAUCCAAGAAUAUUAAACAGGCAACUGAAAAAAUCCGGAUUGAAAUUAUAUCGCUCAGUCUUACUGAGUCACGAAUUGCAUCAGAUGAAACAAUACAGCAGCUGUUUGUAGAAUGCAGAUUAUACAAUUUCCUUGCAGAGGAGACCCCACUCUCACUUCCAAAACCAACAGGUGGUAAGAGGAUUCACUAUAACUAUAGCAAUGUGAUACAUGUGGAUAAGGCAAAUAAUCAUGCAAGAAGAGAGUAUCUCAAGUCUAUGCUUCUAAAGCCAGAUCUGCAUACUGACAGCCUACGAUUUACAGUGGUCAGUGAUCCCCCAGAAGAUGAACAGGAUCUUGAAUGCGAAGAUAUCGGUUUUGCUCAUGUCAGUUUGAGAGAGAUAUUCCAGAAGCAAAGAGAUAUCAUUGAGCAAGAUAUUGAUGUUUUUGAUUCACAAGAUGAUAGUGUGGUAAUUGGAAAGCUCAAAGUAACAGUGGAAGCCCUCCGUGUGCUGCACUCUGUCUAUGAGGAAUGUGAAGAUGACUAGGAGGCAUGAAAGGGAAGUUUGCCUACAGAAGUUCCUUCUCCCAGUGUAAAUACAUGCUUGAUAGUGCUUCAAAGAUGAGAUCUUUGUAAUUCUUACAGUAUAUUUAAUGUAUAAUUUAUAUGAAAAGGACGCUUGAUUUGUAGUUGUAAAGUUUUGUAUACUUUUCAGUCUGUUUGUUUUUAUAUUUCCCCCCUAAGGCUAAGAAUCUCUCCACAAUGGACAACGUCUUGUAAAUAAUUAAUACCUACAUGAUUGAAUGAUGUGCUUUAUUUGCAUUUUCAAGAUUUUUUUCAUACAUAAAACAGUAAUAAAAAUGCAAGUAAAAUUUUUAAUUUUUAAUAAAAAAACCAUAAGCCUUAGAAAACUGAUUAAAAAUACUUUUAUGUUAUCCCUAAUCACCCCACUAAAUGAAAUGCCUGUGAUUAGCCUCAUUAAGAAUUUUAUACUGUGAAGAUUUUAUUAAAAGCAAUAUAUGAAAAUUACUUGGAUUAAUGUGUUAAUCUGCCUCUUUAAAAUGCUAAUAUCCAUUUUAUGCACAUUAAAUCUCAGUAUGUGUUUUCUUUGAUGCAUGCAGUUCCUAUCAAUUAAAUAUAAAAAAUGAGGCUAGUUGCAGGACUUAUUAAAUUACUGCAACCUUUUUUUAAAUAACUUUUACCCCUCUACUAACAUUAUAAUCAGCUGUUUAUGAUUAUCAUGAUUUGAAGUAGGGGGAGGGCAGGCACAAUCAUUUGUCUGUACAGUAAAAGAUUUACUUUCAGCCAACAUCUGUCAAAGCACAAAAAGAAG